AACAAGUGAUUGCUCGACUCGAGGUAAUAUUAAUUGAUUGACUACCGGUAUUCGGAAUAUGAUUUGUCCCAUUUGUCCCUCACUUCCAGUUUAUUUGGUGCAAGUGCAGCCGUUCUCAGUACACACUAUGAUGGACGUAGAUUUCGAGUCUGACUUCCGUGUCAAAUUCCAUGCGCCUCAACUAGCGCCGAUGCACAUUCCGGGCUGGGAUUACAGCAGUACUCCAGAGCUCGUCGAAUUUCCUGGUUGUGUACCCGACGAAGAUGCACUCGCUCUCACCGAGCUCCUCCACCGUCUUCACUCUGCGACUAACCCGGACGACAUCGAACGUCAUCUCCGCGCGCUAGCCCUCAUCUGGGAAGAUUACUACCUUCCUAAGUUUCCCGUUCCUUUCUUCCAGGUGCGGGUUGCCGACGUACGCGCGGCCGGCGGGUCCCUCAGUACUGCUCUCCCACUCUACGAUGAGGUUCUGCAUGGUAUCACUGGCCAGAAUGGUGCGGCAUUUGCCCAAUUCGUGUCGACCGUGCGGAUGUUAGCGCAAGGUGAUACGGAGCAGCAAGCACGCAGCACCGGUUCUCUAACUUUCUUCCAGCGCUGGAAGCCCGCGCGCGAGCAUGCUAAUCCCUUCAAUUGGCCCAUGCUCCCACCAGCGUCAGCCGAUAUUCUAGCGGCAUGGCGCACGAGCCCAUACCAGCGGCAGUACCUCAACUACAUCUGGAUCAAGGCACAUUACCUCGAGGGCACCUUCCACUUGACAGGGGAGUCUUCAGAUGCACUCACUCAUUGGGGAUUUGCCCCCCAUUUAGUGCGAUGUGAUGCUAGAAGCGAUCUUAAAGACUCUGAGGCCAUCGUUCAAGCGCUGAUUGACCUCGAAGAUGCUUUCUCUGCCACUAUUCCAUGCCACGAGCGGCCAGAGCUCCUAACCCCUGGACUGGUACAAGUGGUGCACGCUAAGCUAAUGCGCACAUCAAAAGUGAAGAUCAAUGACCCAAUGGUCGGAGGCGUGCAUUAUAUCAAUGCAGGGUUCACCCGCCAAACGACGCAGAAAUCAGUGGUGAGACGUAGUCAACAGUAUAAUCUCGCAUUUUGCCCUGCCGAGCGCGUGGACCAACAGCUGGAGUAUAUAUGUCGGAUGGGGAAGGUGAGUGGGCGUUUAUUCGCGGGACUUUGUGUGGCGCUUUGCGACGACUGGGGUACUGAUGGUAUGGUACAGCAAUAUAUUGCGCGCUGGAGGAACCCGUUUGCGACGGCUGCUUGGCUUCAUGUCACUUUCGUUAGAUGCCAUCCAUUUGACGAUGGAAAUGGUCGCAUGUCACUCCUCAUCUCCUCUAUUCCGCUUAUGCGUCAUGGAUUCCCGCCGCUCUGCAUCACUCCAUCACUAAGGAGUGUAUAUUAUGAUGCGUUGAACAUUGCCUGGGAAGGGGAUUUCCAGCCCCUUAUCAACUGCUUCGUGGACUCAAUGAAUAACAGUCUCGAGGAAGUGCAACGGAUUAUGGGCGCUGCUUAAUCUAGGUGAUCUGCAACUUUGGUCGAAGAAGCUCAAGUCGUCGCCGAGUUGGUUCUAUGCUUGGUGUUGUAUCAUCUUGGUCCGUUCGAAAAGGAAAAAAAGAAAGUGUAGAAGUGUUUCACAGUAAUGCGUGUGUCUCUGCUCAUGCUAUACUCUUCGAAGCUUUCCCCUUUCUUUCAUUAGCUUCCUCGCAGAAUUACCCCUCCCCAUUGGUUUCAUAUUAUCAUUUCUGUUACGAUCACUUAUCGGUGAUUCCAAAUACCUAUGCCUCGCCAUGUAUGAUAUAUUAGCUGGUAAAUUCUGGAAUUUCCAGAUGUACUUUUUAGCGAAGGAUUGACUCAUGAGUCAGAUCACGAACGAUUUACAAGUCACGGGGAGAA